AUGGCCAAAAAAUUGAGAAAAUACUCGGCCGAGUGGGGCGACAAUACUCGGCCGAGUCCGAAUUCCCAUGCAGAAAAUCACAACGAUCUCAACCCCUUAGAAAACAAAGUCGAUCCACCCUUGCAAUGUCCCACUUGUUCCAAAUCCUUCGUGACGAAACGCUCCUUGGAUCGACACCUCACCCGCGUCGUCCCUUGCCCUUCUUCCUAUCUCUGUCCUGUCCCCACCUGCUCCUUCUCAACCGCCAACAAACGACGCUUUGAGAGUCACAUGGUUCAUUUUCACAAAGACGUCGCCAUUCAUGGGUGUCGCCUCUGUGAAAAAAUGUUCCGCAAAAAAGCAGCACGUGCCGUCCACAUGGUCAUUCAGUACGAGGACGGAGAGAAGAAAUUUCCCUGCGAAAAAUGUGGGAAAAGUUUCGCCCUCGAGGAAAAUCUGAAGCGCCACGUGGAACUUCACAAGGUCGAAGGGAUCAAACCUCUGAUUUGUGAGGUGUGCGAUGGACGAUUUAAGGACGAGAAGGACCUCGAAGGGCAUAUCGCGAAGAGAGAGGUGCGACCAUUGCAAAAUGACCUUCUCGGACUGACCUUCACGCGCCACACUUUGCGAAUGCACGCCACCACCAAGGAACACGUCUGCCACGUGUGCGGAAAGGAAUUCAGCAGAGAGGGAUUCCUCAAAAAACACCUCAGAAUCCACGACGACUCCAGCCGUCCAGGGUGUGACCUCUGUGGGGCAAAGUUUGCCUGUACGAACAGCGUCCAGGCCCACAAGGUCAAGGAGCACGGGGCUGACCCCUGCAUUUGCGAUGAGUGUGGAGAAACUUUCACCACCCUCAGGGGGUUGAAUUUCCACAAGUGGAGGCACAUGGGGUUAAGACCCCACAAAUGCGAGACCUGUGACGCCACCUUUAUUCGCAAGGGAGAACUCAAAUCUCACCUGAAGUCCCACUCCCUUCAACGCCCCUUCCCCUGCCCCCACUGUGAUAAGGCGUUCAAACACUCGCACAAACUACGCGACCACCUCAACCGCCUCCACACCCCUGGGUACGUCCGCAAACUCCGAAAAUGCCCCCACUGCGAAAAGUCCUUCCGGGGCCGGGCCACCCUUAAGAGGCACCUUAUUCGAGCCCAUGGUCAAGGGGGGCCCUUCCCCUUUCCCUGCGACCAGUGCGGAAAGGGAUUCGUCUUCAGCGCCGAGCUCGCCCUCCACUUGAAGCGGGUGCACACUGUGGAUGCUAGUGCCCGACGGAGGAAAAGGGUGCAAAGGGCCAGGAGGGCGGCGACCCCCAAGAUAAGGAAGAAGGUUACCAAGGCCCUACAGUCCAUCCGGGAUAAGUUUCUGGCCGCAGGGGGGGAACUUUCCUUCAUUUGCGAGCACUGUGGGAAGGGCUACAUGGCGAAGGCAAGCUUGCAACGCCAUCUUAAAAAGGUACACGGCGUUCUGGGGGCAAGGCAGAUCGCGACAAAGUUCAAGAGGGGGAGGUCAAGCGUCCAGAGGAGAAAGGGGAGAAGGACCAAGAAGAAGGAGGGGAAGAAAAAUUCCAAGAGGGGCACGGUCCCGGAAGGGGAUCCUUAA